AAUUUCAGAGACUCAACUCGGUUACUCUGCAACAUUUUUUGAAAUCAACGUUCGUUGGCAAGUGCGCGUCGUUUACCGCAGAGAAUUUUCGUAAUUUAGAGUUUGACUUCGAGAAAAGCCGUGUUCCAGAGUAUUUUCAAGUUACUGAAACCACAACCAGCAGCGUCAAAAUGACAUCCACCGAGCUGAAAAUUGGACUGACCAGCAGUGCCCGUCCCUCCAGCCGAGUACUGAAGCCCCCAGGAGGCGGACACACCAAUAUCUUCUCGGAGCCCGACGUGGCCGUACCCGCCCCUCGUGCCAAAUACAACCAACAGAACUCCUCGAACCUUAACGCAUGUAUGGGCUCCACCGAUCCCAAUAAAGUGGUGGAGAAGAUUCGAGAAGAGGUCACCACCCAGAAGGAGGAGGCCAAGUCUGCCCCGCCCAGCCAGCCCAAGGAGUCAGCGAACAAGCCAGCGGCCACGAACGGAGAGGCUCGUGGCCGAGUGCCACCUGGCGGAUUUUCGUCAGGCGGUUUCUGGUAGAUAGAGUGGGCCCGGGAGCAGAAGCAGCCUCCAAGCAUUUAAUGACUUACCAUCACAUCCUCAGACCAACAUAACAAACAUAAACCUAUAAAUAUAACUCGCUUAUAACAUACGUAUACACACAUAUUUAGAGGCGCAUUACCUAUAAUAAUCUGCUGAUCAGCCGAAGAAGAAAAACAAUCUGAUUAUAUUUUGCAAAGCAGCACUCCAUUAUUGUUCUUCCUUUUGUCGUUUCAUUUUCAUCUUUCUUACUUUUGUUUUAUCGUCUAAGUAAAAGGUUUAACAUUUCUAACACAAUUGUUGAAAUUAAGUAACUCGUGAUUCCGCCCCAAAAACAUGGAUAGUACGGAUUGACUUUGCUAAAAACUACCACCUACAACUGAAGCCUAAUUUAGCAUUUGUACUUAAAGUGUCCAAUCGAAACUUCUUAUAGUCAGUAUGAUUGUCCAAAACAAAAUCUCUUUAUAACCAUCGAUGUAUUAUUCCAAAAUAAAACAUUUAAUUAUAAA